GUUCACUGGCCACUGCGUGGUCGAUCGCCAAUGGCAUUGACCGACGACGGCGUUCCACUCAUCACAGUUCGGGUAACCAUCGGGCCACAUUUGUGGAUAGAGGUACAGGGGGCCGACGGACUCGUAGGCAGCGAGCAUCGUCGGCCUUCCUUCCCAUCGGAGGGCAGCGCGUCCGAUUCGAAAGCUCAGCGGAUUCACUUCUCGGAGGAAGUUCAGAUUCGAAGGAUGAUGAUCGGGUCUGUGCAGCUGCGCUCUUCUCUUCGACCUUCGGCUGCUCUCGGAACGUCGUCACCAGUUUCCGGCAGCAGAGGAAAAGCUUGCCCUACCAAUGUCUCUGCCAAGACGCCCAAUUCGUGCCCACCCGAAUCUAUGAAGCUACCAGGGAGCUCAAUUGGAGAGUCAGAUGCUCGCAGGAGUAGACGAGAAGCAUUGAGGGGCUUGCUGCUGUGCUCGACGGCAUUCUCAUUGACGCAGUACGCUGGCCAGGUUCUUGCCGAAGAGGUGAAGAAUGGAGACAGUUCGGCAGGUAGUAAAGACGACAGUGUUUUCGGGGGAAUCAUGUCGCUGUUGGAUCCGGACGAGACAACAAAAUCUGGCAAGAAGCUGCCCAAGGCUUAUUUGAAGAGUGCGAGGGGCGUCGUGACGAAGUUGCGCGAUUCCUUCUCCGGGGACUCGAAGAACGAAUCGGAAUUCAGGAGGAACGCCGACUCUGCCAAAGAAGCCAUUCGUGACUAUGUCGCCAACUGGAGAGGCUCCAAAGAUCUUUCCACCGAGGAAUCGUACCAAGCUCUCGAGAAAGCGCUCCGGACGCUGGGUGAAUUCUACUCAAAGAAGGGACCGAGGGCCGUGCUGCCCGAGGAUGUAAGAACACGAGUGCUGGAAGCUCUCCAGACCGCAGAUGAUGCGCUCUGAGCUGCCACGAGAUUGUAUUGUAAGGGUGCCGUUUGUAUCACACUCAUCAACAGAGAAGAGGCCGAUUCAGCUGCUACGCUCACCUGUUCAGUCGAGGAUGCUCGUUGCCGCUGCGCUGAUAAAGGAACCUUUUCAUUUUGCGUGGUUUACGUGUAAAAUCAAUCGACUGCAAGUGCUGAGGAUUCUCCAGACCGAACUUCACAGCCUGGAUGUCGAUUCGUAGAACUGUGGCACUGUCCAGUCACUGGAAUCCGUCUUAUUGAACUAGUGGGCUCUUAUUUCGCUGGGAAUAUCUUCAAAUGUUACCGUCAUUGACUUGUACUAUAGUGAAAUACCUGGUUCCUCCACUUUGGAGGAAGCACUAUCUGGUUCUCGAAUGUAUAAUGUGUAAUUCUCUAUUCUC